AUGGCAAUUACUUAUUCUGAUUCCUUUAUUUUAGAAUGUCCUCCUGUACAGGAAGAUGCAGUGGUAAUUGUGAGAACGUAUUUCCCAAGAAAUCACCAGUACGAAAUCGAAAAUGAAGAGCUACAACUUUUCUAUUACAGAAAUAGCGUUAGAGUAGUUAUUUACAAGAUAAAUACUUUCUCUUCCCGUACAGUAAAAAUCUUUGAAAACAUUGAUGCAAAAAUCAAUUUAAAAAACAUAUUGACUGAUGACCAAUACAUCAUUACUAUAGAAUCACGCAGUAACUCAAGUUCGAGAAACAUGCAAUCUAAAAAAUCAUAUAACGAAUCAUGGAAAGUGAACUUAGGAACAAAAGGACUACACAGUAAAACAUGUGACAUUAAAUUCUAUGCUAUUUUUGACAAGCCAGAAUGUUUCCCGAACAUUUCAAUGGAGCAUUUUAUUUUAACAUGCUUUCUAAGAAAAGUAUUCCCCAAGGCAUUAUGUGUAUUCCAUAUUACACUGAAUAACAUUUAUAUUUUAAACGGAAGUGUAGCCUAUAAACACACAAAGACUGAUGGUGGAGACUAUUACGAAACAUCUUGCACAUUCAGUUCUCCGACUAUAGAAAAUGAAAUACAUCAGAUCACUGUGACUAUGUACCCCAACAUUACUGGUACAGUCAGUGAUAGAAAAUAUGGAAAAAGUAUCACAUUUUUUUUUCCAGGUAAUUUUUUAGUCAUAAACGCCUUGGACAAAACAGCUCUAGAACUAAUUGAGGUACAAGUCAUACAGACAUUGAAAGUUAUGAAAUUUAUAGCGAUGAUCACGGAAAAAAUAACCUGA